AAGAGCAGCGCAGGAGGAGGAGGAGGGGCUGAUAGCACAGUCACAGAACAGCAGCACAGCAGUAGCAGCAGCAGCAGCAGGCUGGUUGGGGCAUCUCUGCCAUUCACCAGCUGCAGCUCCUGCCUACAGCACCUUCUGCAUUAUCCUUCCUGAAGGCUGCAUCCUGUGACUGAGCACCCCAAUUCCCUCCCCCUGUGUUCCGCCCUCUCUUCAGGCUGGACCCCCUCACUCAGUCAGUCAUGCUGCUGCUGGCCGCUGCCUUCCUAGUGGCAUUUGUGCUGCUCCUGUAUAUGGUGUCUCCGCUCAUCAGCCCCAAACCCCUGAAGCUGGCAGGUGCACAUGUGGUGGUGACAGGUGGAUCCAGUGGUAUUGGAAAAUGUGUUGCUAUUGAGUGCGUUAAACAGGGCGCUUUUAUUACUUUGGUAGCUCGUGAUGAGAGCAAGCUCGUUCAUGCCAAAAAGGAAAUUGAAAAGCAUGCAAUAAAUGAGAAACAGGUGGUGUUGUGUAUCUCUGUUGAUAUAGCCAAAGAUUAUAGACAGGUGGAAAGUGUCAUAAAACAGGCUCAGGAGAAGCUUGGUCCAGUUGACAUGUUGGUGAAUUGUGCUGGAAUGUCUGUUCCAGGAAAAUUUGAAGAUAUAGAAAUUGAGCAAUUUGCCAGACUUAUGGAGGUGAAUUAUUUAGGCAGUGUUUACCCCAGUCGCGCUGUCAUUUCAACUAUGAAGGAGAGACGGAUGGGAAGAAUUGUAUUUGUCUCCUCACAGGCAGGACAGGUGGGACUGUUUGGUUACACUGCUUAUUCUCCAACAAAAUUUGCUCUCCGAGGCCUGGCAGAAGCUCUUCAAAUGGAGAUGAAACCAUAUAACGUUUAUGUGACGGUUGCUUAUCCUCCUGAUACUGACACACCCGGUUUUGCUGAAGAGAACAAAUUAAAGCCAUUGGAAACCAAGCUGAUUUCGGAGUCUUCGAGUCUUUGCCAAGCUGACCAAGUCGCCAAAGUGAUUGUUAAAGAUGCUGUACAAGGUAAUUUCAACAGUUCAGUUGGCUCUGAUGGUUAUAUGCUGUCAUCGUUAACAUGUGGGAUGUCACCCGUCACCACGAUCACAGAGGGGCUUCAGCAAGUCGUCACAAUGGGACUGUUUCGCACAAUCGCAUUGUUCUAUCUUGGCAGUUUUGACAGCAUUGUCCGUCGCUGCAUGAUGCAGAGGGAGAACUGUGAGAGAGCCAAUAAAACAGACUGAGACUUGAAUUGCCAAGAACUUUAUUCAAAUGCUUGCUGCUAGAGAGCACAUGACCUGAAGAUAAUUCCACCAUAUGACUAGUUUAUGUCAAAUGCCCAACAUGGCACUACACAUCUGCAAAGAUGAGGAAAGAGCAUGAUUAAUAUGCUGAUCACCAGCAGGAUACUAUGCAAACUUGAGAGGUCUAUAUUUGAAAGCAUACUUAGGAUUUGGUUUAAGACAGUGGAAAUGUGUUCAUCCAGUCCUCUGAGAUCCUUUUCUCUUUCCUGUAACUUGUCCAAGUAACUAAUACAGUAGUUCCUCUUGUCUUGUUGUCAGGGUGACCUGGCUAUUGUCAAACUGCAGGCUUCUAAAAUAGUCUAUAUAAGGUUUAUAUAACAUGUAAAACAAUAUGGCUGCACUUUUUAAUUACCAGUGAAAAAAACCUGAAACUACACAAAAUAGUAGAUUUACUGUAUGUGAGUUCAGAAUAAGCUACAUAUAUCACAGCUAUGUGCUGUUUCAGCAAUUUCCCAAAGAUUGGUUUGGAUCUUUAAUUAAAGUGGUUCAAAUAAAUGUUAGACUAUGCAAAUAGUAAGUGGGAACUUAUAUUUCUGAUGUGUGGCUGUUUAUCCUUUAUAAAACUAGUUGACAAAACUGCACAGAAAAAUGUUUGUUGUUUGUACACAGCGGUGUUUAUGGUGUUGUCCUCAAUAGGACGAAAUGUGCCUUUCCUGAUUAUCUGUAAGAAUGUUAUUGGUAAUGUGUAACAAGAGAAACCUACUUGCAAAGAAGAAUUGGUAAAAUAAGCUAUAUGUAGCAUACUUCCAGUUUACUGUACCAGUGGCAUUUUGUGAUUUUACAUGUAAACCGAGCCACCAACUGUGUGUUUGGAGUCUUAUUCUGAAGCAGGAUAUAAAAUUUGAGUUUGGUUGUAUUCUCUCA